UUCUUACACACUAUAACCAUCGAUUUUCAUUCAGUACACCUUCCUCAACUUCUACAAAACAGGCAGCACACACACUAAACAACUUCCACAAAACACGCAGCACACACACUAAACACCUCUGAGAUCUUCAUUCCUUGGUGGGGAAACGAGGAAAAGAGAAUCUGAAAUACGAAACUGGGAAUGGGUUCUAAUUCUGUGGUACCAUUUCAAGACCUGAACCUAUAUCCCGAACCCCCCACCGGCCCGGCACCCGCCCCCGUUAUCAUCCCCAAAAUUGAACCAAAAUCUGAACCCUUAGAUGAACCACUACCAACCCCACAAUCACUCCAUUUCUCCACCCCCUCCCCGGCCCCCGCCACCGCCCCUGCUUGCAGCCCUUCUUCCUCGGAGGCUGACGUAUACUCUGAAUACUAUCGCAUUUCCGAGAUGUUUCGCUCCGCCUUCGCUCAGCGCCUCCAAAAGCACGGAGAUGUUGCUAUUCUGCCCGAUUCUGACCUCAAUUCACGCGCCAUAGUCCCAGUGCCGAACCCAGAAACCCAGGUUUCGGACAUCGUCAUCACGCCGCGUAGCGGCCGGAAGUACCUAACGCGCUCUUCGGAGCUGGUUCGGGUCACGGAUCUCAAACCCGACGACCAGCGUUACUUCCGGGACUUAAUUCGCAAAACCCGGAUGCUGUUUGACUCGCUGCGAGUGUUUGCCACCGCGGAGGAUGAAAAGCGCAAAGAUUUGAUGGUUUCUCACCGGAAAACGAGAGGCGACUUGAAGGCUUCCGCGUUCAUGAGACAUAGCGGUUUGUGGUUGAAUCGUGAUAAAAGAAUCGUUGGAGAUAUCCCGGGAGUUUCGAUUGGGGAUGUGUUCUUUUUCAGGAUGGAAUUAUGUGUUGUGGGAUUGCACGGGCAGCCCCAGGCUGGGAUUGAUUACGUUCCAGCCAGCCAAAGCUCUAACGGGGAGCCGAUUGCCACUAGCAUUAUCGUUUCUGGAGGUUAUGAAGAUGACGAGGAUGCCGGGGAUGUGAUAGUUUACACGGGACAUGGUGGACAGGAUAAACACAAUAAGCAGGUUGUGCAUCAGAAAUUGGAAUGUGGAAAUUUGGCUCUUGAGAGGAGUAUGAACUAUGGCGUUGAGGUAAGGGUGAUUCGUGGUUUUAAAUAUGAUGGUAGUAUCAGUGGUAAAGUGUAUGUUUAUGAUGGAUUGUAUAGAAUAAUCGAGACUUGGUUCGAUGUGGGGAAGUCAGGAUUCGGGGUUUUUAAGUUCAAACUUGUUAGGAUUGAGAAUCAGGUGGAAAUGGGGAGUAGUGUGAUGAGGUUUGCACAGAGUUUAAGGAUAAAGCCGUUAGAAGUUCGGCCUAAAGGUUAUGUUACGCUUGAUUUGUCAAGGAAAAAGGAGAACUUUCCAGUGUUUUUCUACAAUGAUAUUGAUGGAGAUCACGAUCCUAUUUUUUAUGAAUACCUUAUGACAACUGUUUUUCCUCCUUAUGUGUAUAAUUCUGGGAGUAACAAUGGAUGUGAGUGCAUUGGGGGAUGUUUGGAUGAUUGCUUUUGCGCAAUGAAAAAUGGGGGUGAAUUUGCUUAUGACAUGAAUGGAAUUCUUGUGAGAGGGAAACCAUUAAUUUUUGAAUGUGGGCCCCAUUGCCGUUGUCCUCCCAUGUGUCGAAAUCGUGUGACCCAAAAGGGGGUUAGGAAUCGGUUUGAAGUGUUUAGGUCGAGGGAGACUGGUUGGGGAGUGAGGUCACUGGACUUGAUCCAGGCUGGCUCUUUUAUUUGUGAAUAUGCUGGAGUUGUUCUUACACGCGAGCAAGCCCAGAUAUUCACAAUGAAUGGUGAUAGUUUAAUUUACCCGAGUCGUCUCAAAUAUUCUCCGACUAUGUCUGCCCAGCAUAUCCAUCUAUCCCUCCUUUGGAUUAUGCCAUGGAUGUAUCAAGAAUGAGGAAUCUAGCUUGCUACAUGAGCCACAGUUCAAGCCCAAAUGUUUUUGUGCAGCUUGUGUUGUAUGAUCACAAUAAUGUAUGUUUUCCACAUCUCAUGCUGUUUGCUAUGGAGAACAUCCCUCCCUUGAGAGAGCUUAGCCUAGACUAUGGGGUGGCGGAUGAAUGGACUGGAAAACUUGCCAUCUGUAGUUAGCUCAUCUUGUUGAGUUGGCUCAAUUUUGAACAUGCUGCUCUUGUGGGACGUCACUUUUUAAGGUCCGAAUGCACAAUGAGGUGUUAAACAGCAAAAUCCUCAAUAUCUAGUCAUGCACCGAUUUUCAAGGGAAAUCGUGGUUGCUGGUGCUUUACCUUGAUGCAUCUUGUGCUGUAUCACAUGAAUACGUAGAUA